AUGAGCGAAAGCAAAGACAAGACCACGGCACCAGCCGCCGACAGCAACGUCAACGAGAUUGCGUCGGGCAUCUCUGGACUCUUGUCUAGCAAGGAUGUUGCCGAGUCGAAUCUGCGCGAGUCAUCGCACGAGGUUCAGGUGACACUCGCCGAUCAGCAGGCGGAUCCGAAUUCUCCCUUGUACUCGGCCAAGAGCUUCGAAGCGCUUGGCUUGCACGAGAAUCUACUCAAGGGCAUCUACGCCAUGAAGUAUCAGAAGCCGUCCAAGAUCCAAGAAAAGGCACUGCCGCUGCUCCUCCAGAACCCACCGAAAAACAUGAUCGGCCAGUCGCAAUCAGGAACCGGAAAAACGGCCGCCUUCAUCCUUACCAUGCUCUCGCGCAUCGACUAUGACCUCCAAAAGCCACAAGCCAUUGCAUUGGCGCCAUCGCGAGAGCUGGCUCGUCAGAUCAUGGACGUGGCACGCACCAUGUCCAAGUUUACCAAUGUAACCACGUGCCUCUGCUUGCCAGACGAGGUGAAGCGUGGCGAAAAGAUCACGGCGCAGCUCAUCAUUGGUACACCAGGCAAGACAUUCGACAUGAUCAAGAGCAAGGGUAUAGAUACGGCCGCCAUUAAGGUAUUCGUGCUCGACGAGGCCGACAACAUGCUCGACCAGCAGUCACUGGGUGAACAGUCAAUCCGUGUCAAGAACACGAUGCCCAAGUCAUGUCAGCUGGUACUGUUCUCGGCCACGUUCCCUACCAACGUGUACGACUUUGCGGUCCGCAUCGCACCGGGAGCCAACGAGAUCCGACUCAAGCAGGAAGAGCUGUCGGUAGAAGGCAUCAAACAGUUCUACAUGGACUGCAAGGAUGAAGACCACAAGUACGAAGUGCUUGUGGAACUGUACAACCUGCUCACCAUCGGACAGAGCAUCAUCUUCUGCGCCAAGCGCGAAACCGCCGACCGCAUCGCGCAAAAGAUGACGCAGGAGGGACACAAGGUCGACUCGCUCCACGGUCGACUCGAGACGGCCGACCGAGACCGCACCAUCGAUGCGUUCCGCGAUGGCAAGAGCAAGGUGCUCAUCUCGACCAACGUCAUUGCACGUGGUAUUGACAUUCAGCAGGUGACGCUGGUGAUCAACUACGAUAUGCCGCUGACGCAGACGGGCGAAGCAGACGCCGAGACGUAUCUGCACCGUAUCGGACGGACGGGUCGAUUCGGUCGCAAGGGUGUCUCGAUCAACUUUGUGCACGACCAGCAGAGUUGGUCGUACAUGGACCAGAUCGAAAAGGCGCUCAAGUGCCAGAUCACCCGUGUCGCAACCAACGACCUCGAGGAGAUGGAAUACACGAUCAAGGAAGCGCUCAAGCAGAUUGGCAAAUGA